AUGCAGGAAAUAUUUUUACAAUGCCUAUAUCAGAAUUAUUCAGAAGAAGAAAUUAAUGGAAUUAUAAAAUUGGCAGAAGAUGCUUAUAGGGCAAAAGAUAAAGGAAGUAAAAACUGGUUGAGAUAUGUGGAAGAUCAAAUAGAAUCAAAAAAAAUCGAAGCUGGAAUGACCGAAAGGCGAGCCCGAGAAAUUUUAAAUGCGAUCGAUAAUGGUGAGUUCUUAAUAAGAGUAAAAUUCAUUCGAGAUGACUCAAUAUACGAUGGAGAAUGGAAGUAUAGUUUUAGAGUCAUUGACAAAUAUGAGCCUAUUCGUGAAUCAAAAAAGGCAGGUGGAAAAUACGUCGGGGGUGGUCCAAACGUUAUACUUACAAAGAAAACGAAACCAGGAUUUUGGGUAGGAAUAGAUGAGAAAUUUCUGGUUAGAGAAGUUGGUAAUCUAUCUGAG